AUGGCUCCGACCCUGGAACGAAUCACGCUGGCGAGGGACACCGUCUUAAAGCUGGUGAAAGAGAGGAUCGUGAAGGUCAACGAGGAAGUGGAGAAGGACGACACAGACAAAGAUGAUUUGGAGCUUACCUUCACUCUUUUGGAGACCACAAUUAAGGAGUAUCAAGAACUGAGCUACAAAGUGCUUGAGAAAUGUGACCCAGCAAAUUAUGAAAAGGAGAGAAAGGAUGUGGAUGCAGUUUCACAGAAUUGGAUUGCCGUCGUUCAAAAGAUGGAGAAGAUGAGGCAGAAUACUUCGCCAAGUCCACCGGGCAGUCUUUAUGGCACGGAGGACGACCGAUCAGUCAGUUCAGGCUCAUCCGGCAAGAAGAGAAGUUUCAAACUCCCCAAGAUUGAGCUGAAGAAGUUUAGUGGGGGUUUGAUGGAGUGGCUCGGAUGGUGGUCACAAUUCCGAAAAAUAGAUGAAGAUGAAGAUUUGCACACGAGUGACAAAUUUCAGUAUUUGUUACAAUGCAUGGUGGUUGGCUCAAGAGCUCGUGACGUAGUCGAAGGCUAUCCCAUGACCGAUGAGAAUUAUCCAAAAACUAUCAAAGCUCUACAGCAACGGUUCGGGAAGCACAGACUGCUAAAACAAAUUUAUGUGCGAGAAUUAUUGAAGCUCGUCAUCAGCAACACAAAAUCAAAAGAGAAGGUGCAACUUUCAAAACUCUACGAUAAGCUUGAAUCUCAUCUACGAGCGUUGGAGACCCUAAAUGUGACCACUGAGCAGACGGCUGAAUUCGUGUUCCCAAUGGUGGAGUCCAGUCUUCCCGAAGAUAUAUUCGUGGCGUGGCAGCGCAGUCCCCUCUACGGUCAAGAUGGAUCGCAAUUGGAUCCGCCCCGAACAGAACUCUUCUUUCUCAUGAAGUUCCUGCGAAAGGAAGUCGAAAGUGAGAAUCAGCGGAAGUUGGUGAGGGCGGGAUUCGAGUCGGAUUCAGCCAAGGACAAGAGGAAGGACAAAUCAAGUCACAACAACAAUAGAAAAGAGGAAUGUGCCACAGCAGCGAGCAUGUUCUCUGCAUCAAGUCAAGGGUGCGUGUUUUGUGACCGAUCUGGGCAUGCAAGUGCAGACUGUUUUAAGGCCCAAGUAAUGACAUUAAAGGACAAGAACGAGAAGAUACGUGCGAAGAAGUGUUGUUAUUUAUGCUUCCGUUCUGGUCACUUAUCAAGAAACUGUAAAGUAGCAGUAAAGUGCAUCGUGUGUAGCAAGAAGCAUGCUGCCGUAAUGUGUCCCGAACUUGAUAAAAAGAAGAUGGAAUUUGUCCCGAGAGAGAGAGAAUCACCUGAAAAUUCAGCAGCAAUGACAAAUUUCCAAUGUUCGGGAAAUGUGCUUUUACAAACUCUUAAAAUUCGUUGCUACACAGACGACGGUAGCAAGAAUCGAGUUGUGCGACUUGUCUUCGACAACGGAAGUCAAGGGUCAUGCGUGAGACGCGACACAACUGAAACGCUUGGACUUCGUGCUUUGGAGGAGGUCUGGUCACAGAAGGUGCUGUUUGGUGGAGCCUUGGCGGCGAAGCAGAAGCACAGAAAAUUCAGACUCCGGCUAUCAAAUAUGUCCAAGACCAUGUACCAUGAACUUGUAGUUCUCGACGAGCCAGAGAUUUGUGAAGACUCAUCACCGGGAAAAUUCUGCAAUUGGAGUGCGGAAUGA